AUGAUUGACCAGAAAAAUACUAAAAUAUAAAAUGAUCACAUUCUGGUUGGUAGUUGCGAAAUGGAAGAUUUAACAAUCUAUCCGUAUGAAUUAGUUAAUAGGGAGUUUUUUGGAUUUAUAGAGAAAACAUCUUUUGUAAAGGAGAACUUUGAGCUGUUGUCGAAAAUUGGCCGACAGUUGAUUAAGCAAUCUUACUGUUUUAAAAGAAUAUGUAUCAGUUUUGUUGAAUUUUCAAGCUAAAAUGCUAAAAGAAAAUCAAUCAAGUGGAGCGAUUUCGAGAAAAAACUCUUUUAUUGGAUAGUCAUGCGCUAUUAUAUCUAUAAAGGAAUUAAGGAUAAUAAACAAUUAGCUACUAACGAAUGGAGAGAGAUAUCAAAAAUGACUUUAGGAAGAAAUGCUCAUUAAUGUCGAUUGAAAUGGGAACAAAAAUAUAAAAUUCCUUUAUCUGAGGCACCUUGGACUGAACAAGAAGACAAUUUACUCUUCCAAGUGCAUGAAGAAUUUAAAAAAACUGGAAAGGAAAACAAGUGGUCUUAAAUUUCAAGAGAAAUAUACAAAAGAUCCAACAAUAAAAUAUUCAGAUAACCCAAAUAAUGUCGAGAAAGAUGGAUUAAUCGUCUAGAUCCAAAUAUUUCUAAUGAUCCAUGGGAUAAGUAAUAAGAAAUUGAUUUGUUGAAGACUAUAUUAAUGAGAGGUAAGAAAUGGUCAGAACUAUCAACCCUUUAUGGCAGGGUUAGAACUGAGAAUUCAUUAAAAAAUAAAUACAAUUCGCUUCUAAAGAAAGAAAAAUUGAAAUAUGAAUUUGAAACGAUAAAUCCUCAUUUAUUUGAGAAAGUGUAAAAACUGCGAAAGGACUAUGCUAAGCGAUAUGGGAACAUCACUCCAAUUGAAGAAAUCGAUAACUAUGAAUGGCAGUUUAUAGUUUUAGCAAUUUAAGGCUUAUACAUUGAGUAGUGCAUACAGGAAGGGAGGAUUGAAGAGGCUUAAAAAAUCAAUAAUGAUGACUUUUUUAAUCUAUUUCAUGAAGAUCCUUUAAUUAAAACAUCCAAGGCUAUACUAUACAAAAAGGAACUAACUAUUAAAUAGGUAGAUCCAAAUAUAAUUCUUAAUAAUGAAAAGUGUGGAGUCGUUAUUUUUAAUCAUAAAAAUAACAAAUUAUAUUUAACACCUUAUAAUGUGAUUGAUUUCCAAAACAUUGUCCUAAAUCAAAUUAAAAAGAAGGUUAAAAUAGAAGAUAAUGCCACAACUUCAUCCACUUAAUCUGAUCCAAAUUAGACCUAUCUAAGAACAUCCAUAGGAACGUAAUCGAUCUAAUAAUUUUUAUACCUUACUAACCAACCUAAUUAUUAUGUUCCUUUAAAUUAGAGUAUAUUCAAUAGCUAUUGGCUUCCACCGGUUUUUCCAUAAUAAAUUGUAUCUUCUUAAAUUUAAAAUAAUAAUUUUAUUAGAAAUUAAACAUAAUUUUAAGAAGAAAAACAACAACAUUAAAACCUCAAACAAAAUAACUAAGAUAAUUUAAAUGAUAUUUUUGAAUAAAUUGGAGUGGAUAUUAAAAUCGUUAAUUCUGAUGAUGAAAAAUGA